AUGCAGGUCGUCUCUAUCUUUGCGUCAUGCUUCUUUCACCUCAGUGCUGUUGCUCCAUUGUUUCAAUCAUUUUCAGAAGCUCGAGGUGCAGCAUCAUCAGUAUUUCGACUUAUUGAUGAGGGAAAUAAUGUAACUAUCAAUGAAACAGAUGUAUGGAAAGAGGAUACAGAAUCGACAUAUAAUAAUAUCAAUGGUGAUAUUGAAUUUGACAAUGUCAACUUCAUUUAUCCCUCUCGAAAAGAUGCUCCAAUACUGCGUAAUCUCUCUCUUAUUGCUCGUGCUGGUCAGACAACUGCUCUUGUAGGUUCAAGUGGUUGUGGUAAGUCUUAUCCAAAACAACGAUGUUAUAAUGAUCUCAUUUAUUUUCAUAAUUAA